AUGCGAUUUUCUUCGUUGUCCCAGAUAUUGAUUCUGAUCGUAAUAGUUACAAAUGUAUUUGAUCAAAAUAUUUCCAUUGUACAAGCUGGUAAUUGUUUUUUCCAUCGCAUCGAUAAUCUAUGUCAUGAUCUAAGUGAAGCAAAUACAGAUGAACAAUUAUGUACUGGAACCUUCUAUUCUGAUGAUAAUAUCCAAGAACUAGAUGGUUAUGUAUAUGCCGACAAUUGUCGUGAUGUAAAUGUGUUACUAAAAGAAUGUGACUUCGACUGUGGUCUUGGUCAAGAAUGCCAAUGGAUAAACGGUAAGGAAAUGUGUGUAUGUAGUGAAGCAUCAUGUAUUUCAUCAAAUAUUGAACAACAGCCCGUGUGUGGGUCAAACAAUAUGACUUUUAACACGGAAUGUGCAAUGGCAGCUUGGAAAUGUUCUAAUCAACAGUCAGCACUAUAUAAAAAAUAUGAUGGUGAAUGUCAAAAGGAUUGUCGAAAUGUUCGAUGUCCACAUGAUGCAGUCUGUUUAUUAGUUAAAAACACAGGUGAACCAAUAUGCUACCCAAAAACUCAUUGUAAACCGGCACUAAGUCCCGAGCCAGUCUGUGGAACGAAUGGUAUUACAUAUCCCAAUAUUUGUGUUAUGCGUCUAAGUCCAAAUCGGCAAGGUCAAACACCAGAAUUGGCUCACAAAGGUCCUUGUGAAAAUUCAUGUCGACCAGAUUUAUGUAAACCAGAUGAACGCUGUGUAUAUUCUAAAGAACUUCGUCCAGUUUGCAUACGUUGUCAGUAUUCAUCCGGAUUUUUUCUCCAUAGUGGAGAAUGUAGUACGAAGAUACGAGUAUGUGGUGAUAAUGGAAAUUCAUAUAAAAGUUAUUGUUCUCUAUUAAUGGCUCAAUGUCAAAAAAAUCUCUAUAUUGAUAUAGUUGGUUACGAUAAAUGUUCGACGGUGAAGCACAAAAAAGUUAGUAAAAGCAAAUCCAAAUAUUUAAAUCGUAUUUCAACCUUCAAAACAAAUUGA